AUGAAAGCAGGGCACAUGAAGAGGAAAAAAAGAGACAACUUUUUCACCAUCUCAGAGUUAAUUCGGCCUGAAAUGCACGUAAAGGUCAGUGGUGUAGCCUCGCGUCGAGACGAAGCCGUGCACGGGACUCGGCGUCGAGUCGGCGGCCGGCUCGGGACUCGCGCUUGUCCGGCUUGGCUGCGUCGGUCCAAAGGCGACGGCGGCACCGGCGCUUCUCGAUCUGACCUGCCGUCCGUGCCGGACGCAAGAGUGAAGCCACGAUCUGAUCGGGCCCUCGCGAGAGCCGCUAUCCGCCUUCAAGGCCGCACGAAUGACCGAGCUGGUGAGAUGGAUCCGGUUUCAUGGGAUAUUCCGAGUACCGCUCUGAUCAUAAAUCCGGCUCGGAUCCGAGUCCAUUUUAAUUCUGAUUCCGAUUCCAGGUCUGAUCCCAAAUCCGGUCCUGAUUUCAAGUCUAGAUCGGAUCGCAAAUCCGGUUCCAAGUCAGAUUUUGAUUGUGAUUCUAAGUCCGGCUCUUACCUUAAAUCCUGUUUAGAUUUUAAGUCCAGAUCAGAUCACAAAUCCGGUUCCGAGUCAGAUUUUGAUAACGAUCGCGACUCUUGCUCUAAUCAUAAAUCCGGUUUCGAUUUAAAGUCCGGUUUAAUCAUAUAUCCAGUUCCGAGUCAGAUUUGGAUUCUGAUUCCGAGUCCGGCUCUGAUUCCAAAUCCUGCUCUGAUUUCAAGUUCAGAUCGGAUCCCAAAUCGGGAUCCCAAAUCGGGUACUGAGUCAGAUUUGAGUUCUGAUUCCAAGUCCGGCUCUUGUCUUAAAUUCUGUUUAGAUUUUAAGUCCAGAUCUGAUCACAAUUACGGUUUCGAUUACGAAUCCGGCUUUGAUUACAAAUCCGGUUCCGAGUCAGAUUUUGAUUCUGAUUCCGAAUCGGAUCACAAAUCCGGUUCCGAGUCAGAUUUUGAUUCCAAAGGUGACUCUUGCUGUGAUCAUAAAUCCGGUUCCGAUUUUAAGGCCGGUUUAAUCAUAUAUCCAGUUCCGAGUCAGAUUUUAAUUCUGAUUCCAAGUCCGGCUCUGAUUCCAAAUCCUGUUCUGAUUUCAAGUUCAGAUCGGAUCCCAAAUCCGAUUUCAAAUUUAGAUUCUGAUUCCAAGUCCGGCUCUGAUCCCGAAUCCAGUUCUGAUUUUAAGUCCAGAUCGGAUCACAAAUCAGGUUCCGAGUCAGAUUUUGAUUUCGAUGGCGACUCUUGCUCUGAUCAUAAACUCGGUUACGAUUUAAAGUCCGGUUCAAUCAUAUAUCCGGUUCCGAAUCGGAUUACAAAUACGGUUUCUGAGUACAAAUCCGAUUCCAAAUCUGAUUUUGAUUCUGAUUUUGAGUUUGGCUCUGAUCCCAAAUCCAGUUCUGAUUUAAACUCCGAGUUUAAUCAUAUAUCCGGUUCCGAUCCUUUAUCGGAUCACAAAUACCGUUUCGAUUACGAAUCUGGCGCUGAUCCCAAAUCCUAUUCCGAGUCAGAUUCAGAUUCUGAUUCUGAUUCCCCCUCCGAUCAUAAAUCCGGUUCGGAUUUAGAGUCCGGCUUUAAUGAUAUUUCCCGUUUCGAGUCAGAUUUUGACUCUGAUUCCAAGUCCGGCCCAUAUCUUAAAUCCUAUCACAAAUACGGUUUCGAUUCCAAAUCCGGCUCUGAUCCCAAAUCCGGUUCUGAGUCAGAUUGUGAUUUAGAUUCUGAGUCUCCCAACGAUAAUAAAUCCGGUUCCGAUUUAGAGUCUGGCUUUAAUCAUAUUUUCGGUUUCGAUUCGGAUUUUGAAUCUAAUUCCAAGUCUGGAUCUUAUCUUAAAUCGUGUUUAGAUUUUAAGUCAAGAUCGAAUCACAAAUACUUCAUCGAUAACGAAUCUGGCUCUGAUUACAAAUCCGGUUCCGAGUCAGAUUUUGAUUAUGAUUCCGAGUCCGGUUCUGAUUUCAAGUCGAGAUCCGAUCGCAAAUCUGGUUCUAAUUCAAAUUUUGAUUCUGGUUCCAAGCCUGGCUCAUAUCUUAAAUCCUGUUUUGAUUUCAAGUCCAGAUCUGAUCACAAAUCCGGUUUCGAUUCCGAAUCCGCCUCUGAUCUCAAAUCCAGUUCAAAAUCAGAUUGUGAUUUAGAUUCUGAGUUCCGCUCCGAUCAUGAAUCCGGUUCCGAUUUAGAGUCCGGCUUUAAUCAUGUAUCCGGUUUCGAUUCAGAUUUUGAUUCUGAUUCCAAGUCCGGAUCCUAUAAUAAAUCCGGUUCUGAAUUCAAGUCUAGAUCGGAUUCCAAAUUCGGUUCUUGGUCAGAUUUGAUUCUGAUUCUGAGUCCAGCUGUGAUUCAGAAUCCGUUUCUGAUUUCAAGUCCAGAUCGGAUCACAAAUCCAGGUCCAUUUCAGAUUUUAAUGCUGAUUCCAACUCCAAAUCACAAAUACGGUUUUGAUUCCGAUUCUGGCUCCAAUUACAAAUCCGGUUCCGAGAAAAUUUUGAUUCUGAUUCCGAGUCCGGAUCUGAUCCCGAAUUUCGGUUCUGAUUUCAAGUCCGAAUCGGAUCUCAAAUCUGGUUCUGAGUCAGAUUUUGAUUCUGAUUCCAAGUCCGGCUCUUAUCUUAAAUCCUGUUAUGAUUUCAAGUUUAGUUCGGAUCACAAAUCCGGUUUUGAUUCCAAAUCCGGCUCUGGUAACAAAUCCGAUCACAAAUACGGUUUUGAUUCCAAAUCCGGCUCUGAUCCCAAAUCCGGUGCCGAGUCAGAUUGUGAUUUACAUUCUGAGUCCCCCUCCGAUCAUAAAUCCGGUUGCGAUUUAGAGUCAGGCUUUGAAAAUAUAUCCGGUUUCAAGUCAGAUUUUGAUUCUGAUUCCAAUUCCGGCUCUUAUCUUAAAUCCUGUUAUGAGUUCAAGUUUAGUUCGGAUCACAAAUCCGGUUUUGAUUCCAAAUCCGGAUUUGUCCAGCUCUUUUUUCUUAAAUCCUCUUAUGAUUUCAAGUCCAGAUCGGAUCACAAAUACGGUUUCUAUUCCAAUUCAGACACUGAUCCUAAAUCCUGUUCCAAAUCAGAUUGUGAUUUAGAUUUUGAGUCCCCCUCCGAUCAAAAAUUCAGUUCUGAUUUAGAGACCGGUUUUAAUCAUAUAUCUGGUUCCGAUUAUGAUUUUAAUUCUGAUUUCAAAUCGGAUCCGAAAUCCGGUUAUAAGUCAGAUUUUGAUUCUGAUUCCAAUUCCGGCUCUUAUCUUAAAUCCUUUUUAGAUUUCAAGUUUAGAUCAAAUCACAAAUACGGUUUCGAUUACGAAUACGGCUCUGAGUACAAAUCCGGUUCCGAGUCAGAUUUUGAUUCUGAUUCCAAUUCCGGCUCUUAUCUUAAAUCAUGUUAUGAUUUCAAGUUUAGUUCGGAUCACAAAUCCGGUUUUGAUUCCAAAUCCGGAUUUGGUAACAAAUCCGGUUCUGAUUUAGAUUGUGAUUCCGAUUCUGACUCCCCCUCCGACCCUUAUCCAGUUCUGAUUUCAAAUCACAAAUCCUUUUCCGAUUUCAAAUACGGCUCUGAUCACAAAUCCGGUUUCGAUUCAGAUUUUAAUUCUUAUUCCGAGUUCGGCUCUGAUUCCAAAUCCAGUGCUGAUUUCAAGUCCAGAUUGGAUCGCGAAUUCGGUUUUAAAUCGGAUCACAAAUACGGUUUCGAUUCCAAAUCAGGCUCUGAUCCAAAAUCCGGUUCCAAAUCAGAUUGUGAUUUAGAUUUUGAGUCAUCCUCCGAUCAAAAAUCCGAUUUCAAGUCCAGAUCAAAUCACAAAUACGGUUUCGAUUACGAAUCCGGCUCUGAUUACAAAUCCGAUUCCGAGUCAGAUUUUGAUUCUGAUUCCGAGUCCGGCUCUGAUCCCAAAUCCGGUGCUGAUUUCAAGUUCAGAUCGGAUUGCAAAUCCGUUUAG